GACAGUGAGGAUAUAAGCCGUGAUGAUGAAGAUUUUUCCUUCCAUAAUCAUUCGAAUAUUCAAUGGCCAGUAAUUAAAGAAACAAAGGAAAAAAUAGGAAAUAAAAAGUACAAUGAAAAAGGCCAAGGUUUAUUAAAGGAUCGCUCAAAUCGUAAUACUCAACAAAGCAUGCAAAGUUCUUUACAUCCUCGUGCUAACACAAAAAUAGUGGAUAAAGUGGAUAACAAAGGGUGUUUCGUAUGGUCUUUCAAUUUGCAAAAAAAUAAGGAAAAGGUGAGAGAAGGUAAAGAAGAUAAGCAGAAAAGAGAUCAAACUUAUACUGGUAAAAGAGCAAAUAAAGGCCCAGGUUUCGAACAAUGGUUGAACGAGAAAACGUAUAAUGGAAAAAGAGUAAAUGAAGUCCGAGAUUUCAAUCAGUGGUUUAACGAGAAAUAUAAUCAGCCACCAACAGUGGAUAUUAACUGUUCACUAUGGAAUAUGCGGAAAAACAAAAAGAAAAAUGAGAAAAAGAAAUUACGACAUGCUAAUCCCAGACAAACUAGUGGAGGUGCUCGUAACAGACGCAACGUUCAAAGAAAAGUUAGCAAGACUAAAAAACAUCAACCCUUAAAUUUUCAUUAA